AUGCCUAAUGUGGAAUUAGACCCAAGAGUUCAACAAGAACAAGAAUUACACUCAGUUAACGAUGUCACAUGUGAUUGUGAACUUUGUCAUGCUAGACUUUAUGUCUCAGUUAAACAAAGUAUUGAAGAUGAUUACACUCCAAUGAUUGAUCAAACAGAUGGCUUUCAUCUACCUCCAACACCUAAAUCUGCCAAUCUGUAUCCUCAAAAUUUAAAUAUGCCACUUAUGUACCCAUGGAUUUGUCAGAUGCCAUUAUAUACAGACUUUAUGUCAUUAAAUUGUCACCCAUAUGGAAAAUGUCCACAUCCAACUGGAAGCAAAAUUAAUUCAGAUAAUUUAUCCUUCCCAAACUCUUUAUGCAACAAUUCGUGGCGUUGUACUUUUGGACCCUUAUCCUUAGAAUGUGAUUUGAACACUUGCACAACACCAUCAGCACCUCAAGUGUAUAUAUCAAAAGACUGUGUUUUACACAUUCGUCUAUCAAAUUACGUCUCUUUUGAAAGAUCUAUAUCUGCAUAUCGUCUUAUUAAUUACAGAAAUAAUUCCGCAUUAGCGUUAAACGAAAGCGGAGAAUAUGGAUAUGCCUACCAUUAUAACUGUCGUGGUCUGAUCAAUAUGCAUCAUGGAAAGUUGUCUAUUACUUUUGAUAAAGACCGCCAAAUACUCUUAAGAAAUGAGAAACCAAGUUUUGUAAAAAAGGAAAUGGAAUUUUAUAGACUUACUUCACACCACUGGACAGCAUGUAGACCUGUAUCUAUGGACACAUUUGAUAGAGAUAGAACACCAGAAAUUUUAAAGAAACCGGGUAUUGAGAAAUCUCAUGAUGAUGCUAAAUUGCGUGAAUUAGUGAAUUCUUCUGCAGUUCAUAAAGAUGGCUGUGGUAUGAUAAUCUUUUUAGGAGAUGCAAAGAUUGAACAAAAAGUUAACGGAGAUGUUGUUUUAAGCUGGUUUUAUGAAGACAGAUCUAAUUCACUCAUCGUUUCACCAUUAUCAGGAAGUUUUAGUUUGUCAACUAAAAAUCUAGAAAUUAUGGCAACUCCAAAGGCAGACAUUUAUAUCUCUUUCACGGAUUUUUUCGUUCAUGUUGGGAGUCAACAUAUGACUGUAAGUAGUGGAGCUGUAUCGGGUCGAUGCAAUUUCAACAAAAGUCAUCCAUGUCUGCUUAGACUAACUACUACGUCAACGGAAAAUCAGGGUACAGAAAUGCGUCAGUACUGUGCUUAUUCACAGUCCAUCAAUCAAAAUAUGGCGUCCAACUCCUCAGGUCGAUACUGGUGUCAUUCACAGUCAACAAAUUCUACGAAUACAACUGGGGGAAUGACUACAACAAGCAUAAAUUCAGCAAGCACACCAUGCUCUAGUAAUGCUUCAUCAGUGGGCGAUCGUCAAGAUUCAAAAGAAAUGUCUACUGAUAAAAAGUAUGAUUGUCAUCAAUCCUCAUCUUGUGAACAUGAAAAUACCAAAUUAUCAACUUCUAAGUGA